AUGUCUGGGUUCCCCGCACAACAACAAGCACAAGCACGAAAUGCGACAUUGGUCUCGGCGCGGUUGCCAAACGGAAAGCUCGGGAGCGGUGCAAACUGGAACUUCAACCUACCUGUGAGCGGCACCCCAGGAAUACAGGGAAAUCAACAGCGCAACGUUGGAGCCUUGGGAACAUUUGCACAAAGUCUCGGCGGAGGAUCGCAGCCUGCUACGCCUCUUGAUCUUUCAACUUACGCCUCUGCUCUCAGGGAUUUUCCAUCAUUAUCGGGGGCUCCCCAGCAAUCCCAAACUCCAAAUCCUGGAUUAGUGUGGGGUCAGCGUGCGAUGCAGCAAACUCCCGCCCAAAGACAGCAGCUCCCCACAACGCAAGCACCUUCGCGAGCGCCUCAAACACAAUCUCAUCAUCCGCAACAACAACAACAACAACAACAGCCACAACAACAACAGUCACAACCUCAACCUCCUCACGACGACGUCUUUCCCUCCGGCGCCCAAUUCGCCAACCGCCUGGACGAUUUUAGAAAUGGAGGGCUGGGCAUUAGUGGGCAGUUAGGGGGAACCGGACAACCACAGACAGGCAAUAUCGAAGAAUUCCCUCCGCUUGGACGGAACGUGCCCUCAGAAAUCGGCCAAGAUCGCGGAGGAUCGGUGAUCCAGAAUGCUGGGCUUGGCAAUUACAGCGGCGCAAUGCCAUUCUCAGGCGCCAGCCAGAACCAGUCUGCUCAAAACCGCAAUGUGAUUGCAGCAUCGAUCAACGGGCAAGACACUGCUAGAAUGAUGUCGCCUGCAGCUGCUAGCUCGGCAGCGAUCGGCACCUCGCGCUCGCCCGUCAGCCAAGCACUAAAUGGGGUUUCUGUGCAAGAAAAAGAGGACUUGAACAGUACGACAAUGGCGAAUCAGCGUAAUCUCACAGAACAGCAGGUACAACAACAAACAGCUUCAUCCGGUGAAGCCCAAGACGCUGCAGGAGCUGUGCAAAGCACCGAACAGCCACCCUUGGCUCAGAUGAGUGAACUUGACAGGUUUGGACUGGCGGGCUUGCUGCGAAUGAUCCACAGUGACAGCCCUGAUGUCGCGAGCCUUGCAGUAGGGCAAGAUCUGAUGACUCUUGGUUUGGACCUCAAUCAACCCGAGCCUUUACAUACCACUUUUGCUUCCCCUUUUGUUGCAUCGAUGUCAGCCGUUCCUAUGGAACAGAACUUUUCUCUUCCUGCGUGUUACAGCGUUGCCAACAUUCAGCCUCUACAAUCCCGCAUACCAAGCUUUAGUGACGAGACAUUGUUUUAUAUUUUCUACAGCAUGCCUCGCGAUAUCAUGCAGGAACUGGCUGCCGAAGAAUUGAUGGGUCGCAAGUGGAGAUAUCACAAGAUCGAAAGAUGCUGGCUUACCCGAGAUGAGACAUAUCCCGGUCCUGUCGAUGUCGAACGGGGUGUCAGCGAACGAGGCGUUUAUUUGAUUUGGGACCCCACCACUUGGAAGAAGAUUCGGCGCGAGUUCAUCCUUCGCUACGAGGACUUAGACAACAGAUUAGAUCCCAAUCGGGGUCUUACACGGCCUCUGGGUUUUCCCCCUCAUGCUUCAUGA